CGCGCUCGGUGACGACAACGCGCGGGACGAGCACGCGCUCUGUGACGACAACGCGCGGGGCGAGCACGCGCUCGGUGACGACAACGCGCGGGACGAGCACGCGCUCGGUGACGGCGCGCUGCAGACGCGGCCUUUUUCGGCCUCUCCACUUGUUUCCUGUCCUGCUCCCGGACUGAAGGCCGGUUGCGCAGCAACGAUGGCGGAUUACUGGAAGUCCCAGCCAAAGAAGUUCUGCGAGUACUGCAAAUGUUGGAUAGCAGAUAAUAAGCCUAGUGUGGAAUUUCAUGAAAGGGGAAAGAAUCAUCAAGAAAAUGUGGCAAGAAAAAUUAGUGAGAUUAAAAAGAAAAGUUUGGAUAAAGCAAAGGAAGAGGAGAAAAAGGCAAAGGAAUUUGCUGAGAUGGAGAAUGCAGCCAUGAAAGCUUAUCAGGAAGAUCUGAAGCGGCUAGGAGUAAAUACUUCAGCUUCGUCAUCAUCAAGCACAACUGAAAAAAAGCCAACAGAAACAGUUUCUGAUACACAACGUGGUACAAAGCAAAGUAAAGCAAAUGUUUGGGUGGAAGGUGUCUCACCUGAAGGGUAUACCUAUUACUACAACACUGGAACAGGAGAAUCACAAUGGGAAAAGCCUGAAGGGUUCCAAGAGAGCUCAAACUUUGUGCAGAGUGAAGUUGCACAACAGCACCUGUCAGCCUCUUCAUGGGUAGAAGGAAUAACUCCAGAAGGGUGCACCUACUAUUACAAUCUUGUAACAAGAGCUUCACAGUGGGAAAAGCCUGAAGGCUUCAUCUCUGCUAGCGAUUGCUCAGAUACUGCUAGCAAAGAUAAGAUGGAACCUGAGGAAUCCACUAAAGAAUCCACAACUGCAGAAGUUACUGAGAAAGGCUCUGAAGAUUGUUCUACAGGAGAAGAGGAGCAACUGCAAAGUGAAACAAAUGUCUCUCUCCAGAAGCAAAUUGUUGCAGGAAUUGACAGCAAUGCAAAGUCCUCUGAGGGAAAUCUUGAUACUGAGCAGGAAAGCGCAAUGCCCCAAGAUGAGCAACAACAGGAAGCAAAGAAAUCUUUCAAGAGGAAGAAUGUAAACCCCUAUGGGGAAUGGGAAACUGUUAGAGUGGAAGAGAAUGAACAGAUAGAUCUGCAGCUGCCUACAGUGGAGUACUCUGCUCCAACAGUGAUCGAUGUAAACCAGGAACCUAAAGUCAAAUUUAAACAGAAAGAAAUAACUUCACUGGGGAGUGAUGCAGGAGGAGAGACAAUGUUUAAAAAAAGGAAAGUUGAAAAUGGAAAAUCUAGAAACCUUCGACAGAAAGGAAAUGAUAAUUGAAUAUCACGAAGUAUAAUACAGAAAUAUGUGCAAUGUUAUCUGGCUUUGAUUUCUGUAGUAAAGACAAUCUUGCCUAGAUUUUCAUUUAGCUCAUUGGCCUUGUUUGGUGUAAAAUACUGCAAUAUUUUUUUAAAAGAACAAUAUCUUUUUAAGUCAGCAUUGUUUUGAAUUAAGUCGGUAGUUUGAAUAAGAGCACAAACUUGUGAAGCAUUAUUUCUGUAUCCUUAUUCCAGUUUAUACCUGGUUUGACAGCAUUUACUAGGUUUGGUUUAGUAAUUUUUUUAAGUCAUUAAGAUUUUUUUGGUGUACUAAUUAUAAAAAGAAAUAAUGUAUGCUGUGAUAGCUUAUAAUUGAUAAAUAGAAUUCUAUUGUGUGCUGUGGAUUUAUGAUUCUUUACAUAAGACAUCUUUAUUAAAAUAUUAUGCAUCUUUACAUAAGGUUCUAAAGGAAAGUAGUUUAAUAUUUUGCAUAAUAACUUCUGUAAGUGAAGACACAGCUGUCAAAAUAAAACUGAAAUGUACCCAAUAUUUUUGUUCUUAUUGUGUGCUAAUACGUUGGGCUCCCAGCAGUUGACAGAGUAUUAUCCUAAAAAAUAUAAGAAAUAACCUGAACUGUGUGGUAGUUAUGUAUACAUUGCUAAUGAGAGAUAUGUUGUUGAUUGGAGCUGUAUUUCCACAUUUCAUUCUGGCAAAGCCUCAAAGGGCCUACUCUGCACUGUAUCUCAGCAUAUUUUAAAAAUAUGUUGGUUCACAAAUAAACCAGAUUCCCCACUAACUC